AUGGAGCUGAACGAGCUGCAGCGCCUGUCGGCGGCGUUUUUCCAGCAGGGGAUGCGGUACACCUUCACGGCCUCGCAGCAGCCAUCAACUCCCGGCGUCUACCGCUUCGUUUUCUCACGGCCGACCAACGCCACACCGGAGUCGCCGGUGUACAUCACCGUAGACAUUUCUCGCGCCUCGGACGACAAAGGCGAUGACACCACUACAGCGUAUUGCGCUGUGAUUGAGGGACUUAAUUGGCCGUACUACUUUCAACUGCGUGAUGGGGUGAUGGAUGAGGGAGGCUUUUCGGAAAGCCUCUUGGAAAAAGUGGACGCGCAGAAGUGUAAGGUCAACGAGCGGUGCCUUUGGAUGUAA